AUGGCAGAUGAUGAUAGCGCAGCGGACCUGCCACCUAUCAGCGAGAGAUGCAAGCGGCGCCUGCUCUGUGAACUGCAUUCUGACGCCAACUAUAUCCGGGAUAUCAACACCCCACAUCGACCCAAACACUGCUACAAAAUACUCUGUGACGACACGCACGCACUCAGCAAGGUGCUGCGGUGGCUGCUUUCCCGGAACGCGCACAGGCGACUCCGCCCUAACAUUCAAGAUAGACGAGGGCGUAUAACA